AUGGAUGCCACCACAUCUCCUCUUCAGCGUGCUUUCAACGCAUUCCUCCUCACAAUGCCCCCCCAGCAACUGGAAGAGCUCCUCAGGUAUCUUCAAGACACCCAGACCAAGGCCAACAACAAGGUCUCGCACGAAACUGAGCACCCUACCGCAAGAUCAAAAACCCCUCUGGACAAUAAUAAUGAGUCGACCGUCCAGGCUAGUACAAACCAACGUUCUAAUCAGACGCGAGGCAAGCGCCCUCAGGAUGGGAAACGGCGGCCACUGAAUAGUUUCAUUGCUUUCAGAAGUUAUUAUUCAGUCAUGUUUCCGGACCUUACUCAGAAAGCGAAGUCGGGCAUCCUUCGGUUCUUGUGGCAGAAUGACCCAUUCAAAGCUAAAUGGGCCAUCGUAGCCAAGGCAUACUCCAUCAUUCGCGAUGACCACGAUAAUGGAGUCUCCCUUGAAACAUUUUUGAAACUCAACGCCAACCUCAUUGGCAUCAUUGAGCCGGACCGCUACCUUGAUAUCAUGGGCUGGGAGCUGAAUGUCGACGGCCAGCAGCAGUACACCAUGGCUAAGGUUAAGAUUACAGCUACUCCUGAAGCCGAGCUCUCAACAAACUAUUCAGUCGAUGAUAUUGUCAAAAAUUGUUAUGAUACAGGCUAUGUAUCCCGAGAAAAAUGCAAGAAAAAAACAGACCAUAACAAAAACGCGCCUGUUAUGGCUUUCGCUGCCCAGCCUACCUUGAUUGUCCACGAAAACAAUAGUAUCCAAAUUAACGGAAAUCAUACUGUUGUUACUGGUGACUGCAAUGGGAAUGCUUUUGUAGAAAGCGCAUUUUCCCAUAACUUCUCACCAAGUCCUGGUGAAAUGGAAACGAUGAUCGCAGAAGCAUCGCUUGAUGAAUCUGAAGUGCUACACGGCCAUGGCUACCGAAUGUAUGAGCGGGGACCUAUAGUCGCUGAGGAAUAUAACAUUGACGACGAGAUGCUCGAUUUUUGGGGCGAAAACCCAGCAAUGUUACCAUCAUAUGUUUCAGCCGCCCAAAGUACACUACCCCCUCAUGAUCCUUGUGUCCCGGAUCCGAUGGCGAAUAUCAAUAUCGACCAUUACCUAAACUUAUGAUUUGUGCGUUUCCGAUAACAGUUGCGUCUGAUCAUCAGUAUUUCCCACAUCCACUAUGAGGGUGGCAUAUUCUGACCCGCCAUGCUCUGCGAACGUCACGGAACAAGUUGACUUAAGUUCCCGAUAUCUAGCCCGCAGUUUUAACGCCCGGUGUUAUUCUCGAUGUUCUUCGAUAUUCAGCACGACACACACAAAACAAUCACGGAAACAUUAUGGACUACCCGGGCCAAAUAAGGACCUCAACGCCACUACAGCGUACAACUCAGUGGUCCGAAGAUAUAUCUGACGUCACAUCAAGCGACUGUCGGGGUUUAGCGACGCUCUGGUGAAUUAUCAGCUUGU